GGACGAACAGAACUCAGUAUUCCGGUCAUUCCGUUCGGCACACAGGGGUUUGGAAACAAUUUCGGCUUCGUCUCAGAUGAAGACGCUGUGGCACUCGUCAAGCACGCCGUGUCCAUCGGUGCCAACCAUUUCGAUUGUGCACGCUGUUAUGGCGAUUCAAUGCGGAAACUCGGUCUGGCGAUGAAGGAGAUCCCACGCGAGGAUGUCAUCAUUACCGGAAGACUCUGUUGCCAUUCCGCAUCGGAUUGGGGUGGCUACGGAGAUGGCAGACCCAAUUACUCCGCCGAACGCGCAAUCGCUGACCUUGAAGACCAACUCGAACUCCUCAACAUAGACUACUUCGACGGGAUGCUCAUCCACGACCCCGGCGAGAUUGAUCCGACCCUCGAAAAGGGUGGUACGCUUGAUGGUCUGCUCCAGUGUAAAGCGCGCGGACUCGUACGCCACCUCGGAUACGGGAUGCGUCCCCACGACUUCCAUCUCAAGGCGAUGGCAACAGGUGAUGUAGACCUCAUCCUCUGCUUCAACGACUAUAACCUCAUCCGGCAGACCGCCGCUGACGACAUCCUCCCCGCCGCCGCUGAAGCCGACAUCGGUGUUAUGAACGGCUGGUCAAUCCUGCGCGGUAUCCUCACAGGUGUUGAUAUCGAUGCUGAGAUUGAAAGAGGACGUUGGAAAAAAGAAGGCGAUGUUGCAGCAGCAUACCCAAUUUGGGAAUGGUGCAUUGAAGAAGGAAUAAGCUUGCUUCAACUUGCACUCCAGUUCUGUCUGAAAGAAGAACGGAUUCAAGGUAAUAACAUUGGGAGCCUCAAUGUCGAGCAGCUUGAAGCGAACAUCCGCGCUGCCAGCACACCGCUACCCGAUGAGGCAUGGGAGAAAUACGAAGCACGCUUCGGAUCAAAUUAGCUGUUAGACGUCGGAAACCGUCAGCUGUCAGUAGGUGCGGUUUAAUGAAGAUUAAGACUUUAAUUUGGUAAUGUGUAGUGUUAAUUGUCUGAAUCAGGAUUUACAGGAUUCAAGGAUUGGCAGGAUUAGAGACACUCUGUGAUUGACAAUUGUCUUUGAUAGAAUUACCGAAUUAUUUUUUAUUCUCAUGAAACCUUGCCAACCGACGGUUGACCGCCGAUGGCU